GGUGGUCAGGGAGGGCAGGAGCCACUCACCCAGCCUGUCUCCUCAGCCCUGUCCCAGGAAUGCACCAAGUACAAGGUCAACUCCUGCCAGGAUUGUAUCCAGCUGGGGCCUGGCUGUGCCUGGUGCCAGAAGCUGAACUUCACAGACCAAGGGGAGCCUGACUCCACCCGCUGUGACACCCGGGAGCAGCUGCAGAAGAAGGGCUGUGAGGCGGACAACAUCCUGGACCCCCGGAGCUUCGCCAUGCCCCAGAAAGACCCACAGAGGGGCAGCACACAGCUGUCCCCACAGCAUGUGACCCUUCACCUGCGGCCAG